AACUCCAUUGCUAAUAUUUUUUUCAAAUUUAUAUUACUAUAAUGAAGUUAAUUGACUAAUCAAUUUUGACUUAGAUGUUUCUACCAAACAAACUUAGGAAUACUAAUUUAUCGAAUCUUAAUCGCGUGAUCGUAUCUUAUAUCACGACCUUAAAAGUUGAUACUGCAGUCUUCGAGUCUGCUCUGUGAUUGUGAUGCUGCUGCUCACUUCAAAAACUCUUAUUUUCUACAUUCAGUUCAUUGACGGCCAACAGCCAAUAAGAUGCCACCACAUCAGCAAUAGAAACGAGAAAGUCAAGUACACUCCAGUGGGACAAGCCCCGCGCAUUAAAUUCAGUAAUGGUGACGAGUCCUUCCUACACAAACUUCGUCGACAAAUUGUAAGUUUGCAACAGUGACGUGAAAACACCACAAAUCACUCACACUCUCUUUCUCAAAACCCACAACACAAAAAACGCACUAACAUUUACUUGCAUAUUACACACACAUUCCCUCCAUUAACCAAACCCCCUCAAUAAAGGAGCACAGAAAAUAAAAGCACCAAUCCCACUUCCGUUAAUUGCCCUGCAGCUCAUCAUGCUCCACCAUAAAGCUCCUGCUCCGUCACCUAUACUAUCACCGGCGCCGGCGGCGGUUCACCAUAACGAUACUCAAAAAGCUCCAUCACCUUCAACGCGGCCACUUCAUCAUUCGUCGACAUUGCCAACUUCGUCAACGUCAGCAUCGACGUCAGACUUAUCAACUACUCCACCGCCGUCUAAGUUACCGGUUGAUUUCAGCCCACCUUUGAUUGCCAUGGUCGUUAUUAUCGCUACUGCUUUCGUCAUCAUUACCUACUCGCGACUCUUCUCGCGCCAUCUGCUCCGUCUACACGGCCGUUAUAGACUGUGGCGUCGUCGUCGCCGACGUUACGUUCCUUCAUCUGCCGGCGAUAUCGAGUCGCCUCCUUAUCCGUUCGAUCCUACUGAUGCUUUCCACGUGCUUUCUCCGUAUGGACUGGACGAUUCAGUUAUCAAAACAAUUCCUCUUUCAGUCCACACUCGAAAAAGCAGCGUUCACGAUUGUGCGGUGUGCUUACUGGAAUUUGAAGAGGACGACUACGUACGCACGCUUCCAGUAUGUUCACACGCGUUUCACGUGGACUGUAUUGAUAUAUGGCUCAAAUCACACGCGAAUUGCCCGUUAUGUCGCGCCGGAAUAUUCCGUCCAGAGUCACCGUUCACUCCGUUAAUGGCUGCAAGGAUACGCCCGAGCUUCGAUGACAUGCUGGUAGAGAACACAAUUCUAGAGCCUUUAGCUGAAUUUCAGCCAGAAUCGGAUACAACGACAGUGUCAGAGAUCACACAGGAGCCGUCGCCACGGAGAAACAUGAUCCAAUCAGAGGAUAUUAGAUUCAACGGACGUGAUAUAUUGCUAAAACGAUCCUAUUCCUUUGGAUUCGAGAGGAAUUUAGGAUCCGAGAGACUAGUACUUGAAGCAACAACAGCUUCGCCAUGGCGGUACCGCAGAGCAAUAGGAUCAGGAAGCUUCUGGAGCAAAAGACCUUCACCGUUCAGCUCGUUAACGAAACCACGAGUAUUCUCGUUCCGAUAUUACAGAGGAAUGAAAUCGCCGUUCUUUCGCCGGACCAGAGGCGGAUUCUUUCCAUUAUCGGAGUCAAGCGCGAGAUAUAGUACCGGCGGAGGCGGAGGUUCGUCGAGAAGAAGCAAAUCAUUCGCGAGUCCAAUGUUUAUGAGAACAUCGGCGGCGGGAGGAGGAGUAUUCUCGUCGAGCCGGCUAAGGAGCGGUGAUCCAGAAGCCUUACUGUCACCGGACAGGUAUAACAGACGGUGAAGAUGAAAUCAGAUCACAUGGAGAGGAAUUAAUGAACUUUAGGAAAACGACAACCGUCCGAUCGAUCGUAGUUAUGGGGGGACGGUGAUCGAGGUCGCGGGGGGUGGGGGGAUGGGGUCAGGCGACAUUAAUUUACAUUGGGAAGAAGGAGGGGAAAUUAAUGCGGUGCCUGCUACUAUGUUCAUUGGGCCUGGGGAGAUCAUUUAAUACAGAGAGAGAGGGGGGGCGAGUAACUGUGUUGAAAUGCUGAGAAGAAGAAAAAGUUAUGUCUGCAUUUAAUGGGAAAAUUAGACUAUUUUUGAAGAGUUACAGAGAGAUGGUGAUAGACAAGGGUUAGGAGCUUAUCCAAAAAAAGGGUUAAACUUUUUGGAGUGUAUGGAUGAUUAAGUUUGUGACUGUAUGAGCUCCUCCCACUUGUCUACGUCUUUUAUUAUGGUUUAAAUGUAUGUUGAUUCGCUGUCGAAUUCAAAGAUUUAGUACCUUAGGGGUAGUUUGGUUGGAAAUAGGUUAUCGAAGAAUAAUUAUUUCGGGAUUAGUUAUUUUACCUUUCCAAAAAUAUAAAAAAUUCACUACAAUCCCGGAAUAAGUAAUCCUCGUAUAAAUUCAUCUUAAAUUUAAUUCCGAAAUUAAUUAUCUCUUAUCCCUCAUACCAGAUGAGCCCUUAUUUGUUAUUGAUACAAGUUGAAUUUAGUAAGAGAUUCUUGUA